UAUAAAAUAAACAUCAGAAUUAUAUCAGAAAGUUAGGUUAAAGGUUAAGAAUAAAAUGGCAAUUUCUAUAUCAAAUAUAUUUAAUAAAUCUUGCUUUAGAUGUUUAGAACAAAAAUUUCUAGCAUUAAGUAUAACUUGUACUGUUCCUCAAAUUAGAGAAAAACAUCUAAACCCUCCUCCAAGGCUCAGAAAUCCUACAUGGUUGACAAAGAAGGACAAGUCAAAAUCCGAUGAACAAAUAACACCUGAAAAUAAAGAGUUUGUGAAAGAAGUUGUAAACGAUGUGUACAGCAAACAACUACCACAUCAAAAAGACUUAAUCACCAAUAUAGAAUGGACACCUAAGUUGCAGCGAACCGGCGUUAUUGCAAGAAAAAUCGGCGUGUAUCCUUUAUGGCUUAAGGAUGGGAAAAAGAUCAGUACCACGCUGUUACAGGUGUUGGAUAACCACGUCAUCCGCUACUAUACUCCGGGAGAAUAUGAUCCUCCGAGAAAAAGGGUAGAGAAAGUAUAUAACCCAAAGGGCUGCCUUCUUGUGGGUGCCGAAGAAGCAGACCCUACACACUUCACCCGAGAAUACUGUGGACUGUUUAAGGACUCCGGCGUGAUGCCGAAGAAAUUCCUGGGAAGGUUUUUUGUGAGUCCCGAUGCAAUUUUACCGUUAGGAACACAUAUACAUGCCUUGCAUUUCCAAGUCGGCAAUUACGUUGAUGUUCGAGGGAAAACAAUGGAUCGGGGUUUCCAGGGGGUGAUGAAGCGCCACGGUUUCAAAGGCAUGCCGGCAUCGCACGGUGUCACAAAGACCCACCGUCGUGGUGGAAACAUCGGGGGAGGCGGGGAGAAGGGACGGGUGUGGCCUGGUACAAAAAUGCCGGGGCACAUGGGCAACAGGUACCGCGUUGCCAAAGGUCUGAAAAUAUUUAGGAUAAACACCAAGUACAACGUUCUCUGGGUGUCGGGUCAAGCCAUUCCGGGAGAGACGAAUUCGAUCGUGUACGUUUUCGAUACGAAGCUGCCUUUGAGGAAACCCAGCAACCCGGUCCCUUUCCCCACAUUCCUCGCGGAGGUGGAUGCGAGUACUCCUGAGGACAUUUUCGAUGAAAGCGUUCAUAAUUUCGCAGAUCCCACGAUAUUUUACGAGGAAAAUUAGUGUUUGUUUGUUAAUAGUUAUUUAAAAAAUAAUAAAAGUUUAUAAAAAC